AUGGAUUCAGUUGUAAUUGGAAUCUCAGCACUGCUGUUUCUGCUCCCCGUCCCGGGAUCAUCGCAAUAUCUCGACGGAAGGUGCGGACUUCUGUCGAAUGGGAAGAUUGCGAAUAAUAUCUCGAGUCCGUGGAUGGCUUAUCUUCAUACUUCGGAAUUGCUAUACGUGUGCGGCGGAACUGUGAUAACUGAAAAACUAGUUCUGACUGCAGCGCAUUGCACAAGGGCCAACGAACAAUUAGUAGCUCAUGUUGGAGAGUUUAUGGGAACGGAAGAUGCUAAUGACACGAUGUUAUCCGAGCACCAAGUAAGCCAAACCUUUAUACAUCCCUUAUACAAUACGACUACAAACGCCAAUGACAUAGCUAUUCUCGGCUUGGCUACAGAUAUUGUGUUCUCAAAAACCAUUAGGCCUAUUUGCAUAGUGUGGUGGACCAUUUGGAGAAACUAUAUCGACAACAUCCAGGUGCUAAGCGGUGCACAAUGGGGUCUACCCAAUUAUCAAAAUGAAAGCGAUGCAUUUAGAAUUAUAGAGAUCAGACGUCAACCAGCAAAUAUGUGUUCUACCCAAAACGGAACUGCAAUUUUAAGCAGUCAGUUUUGCGCUGGAGACUCGGAUUCCAAACUCUGCAACGUAGACUUUAGCAGUCCUCUGGGAGCCAUUAUAUCCUUCAAGAACUUUCGGCGCUAUGUUCUAAUCGGCAUUGCAACCACUAACCAAAAAUGUAAAAGGGCAAGCGUUUAUACGGAUGUCCUAAGUCACACCGAUUUUAUUCUUUCAGUAUGGCGACAGUACCACAAAAGUGAAAGAUCUCCCAAAACGUGGGAUCUGCAAAAUAAUUACGAUGUGGAAAAUACUACAUUGAAUGCUAAUUCAGAAGAUUAA